UUAUGGACACCACAAAAAUUCUCCAAUCUUUUUACAGAAAUUGUGGAUACCACCCGCGGAAAGAGUUUUUUUUUAGGGUGGUGUCGACCACAAUUUUUACUUGGCUGAUCGCGGGUUCGAUUCUGGUGGUCAACUUUAAAGCUUAGGUUGGUGGCCAACAUCUCACGCUGCUGGACGAAUUCUCUGUCUGUUUAUCUUUACAGAGAAUACCUGAAUGAUAUGUGAUAGAGAUGCACCAGAAGCACAAUUACUGUGAGCCCUAGGGUUUCAUCAGAUCCAAUUGAUCCGAUCUUAUGAGAAAUAGGAUAUGGACUGGUACGAAGAAUUAGGGCAGAAGAAGAUGGGAGCGGCGCAGGGGUGGCUGGAGGUGCGGCUAUUCUACGUGCGAGUGAGGUGGGCGGAGGGAGCGAUGCCGCAGGUGCUGUUGCUACGCCAUGCGCAUAGGGGCGCUGGAGCGAUGCUUGAGAUCAACGGGGCCAGGGUUUCGCCCUCCGAGGGUUUUGCCUGUCUUAGCCUCCGCAGGGACAGGCUCGACAAGGACUCCGCUGAGGCUACUUACGUCAGCACGGAUAACGUUCGAACCGCUGGCACUCUGCAUUUCGAGGUUUAUAAUGGGGAUUUCUUGUUACUUUGUGGAACCCUCCACAAGGGGGCUAAGGAUGGGGUCUGGAGCAUGGAUUGCUGCUCCGCCGUGCGUCCGGGGGCUUCUAAGCAGCAACAGCAUCCUGACAAGUUUGAUUUUGCAGGACACACUCCUCCAACUUUGGAGGUUUAUGUGGCAGGAUGCUGCUCUGGAUCACCACUAAUCUUGACUAAGACUUUGCAACUUGUUCCCCGGCGUAGGCGAGGAGGGACCUUGGAUGCUAUUCCUGAGGAUGAGGAGACACAGGUUAAGAGCAUAGUUCUUAGUGACAAUUCACAUCAGAUGGUGGAGAGCAGGGAGUAUGAAGAUUUGGAUGAAAAGAUUGAGCCAAAUCUUGGUAACUUUUAUCCUGGUGGAUAUAUUGAAGGUGAGGAAGGGGAGCUUUCAUGGUUCAAUGCUGGUGUCAGAGUUGGAGUGGGAAUCGGGUUAGGAAUGUGCCUUGGAAUUGGAAUAGGUGUUGGGCUGCUCAUGCGCACAUAUCAAGCAACAACCAGGACCUUCAGGAGGCGGUUAUUCUAGUGUCAUUGUUUUCCUCUUGGUGAUGGAUAUGUGGUAUAUAUCCUUAAGCACUCAAGGUUGCAAAUAAUUUGCAUGUUUGUGUGAGUAGCCCGUGAGUAAAUAUUGCUAACAUAAGUGCUUUUGGUCAGAUGGAUGUAUUGUUCUAUGCGGGGAGUUUAUAUGCUUAUGUAUAAAUUUUGGUUUCUUCUUUAUAUUUGGAUUUCAGUCAAUAAGUUUAUUAGCGUAGUUGACAGGAACAGAAUAUUUCAAUCAAGUUAGGUAGCUUGCAUUCGUGUAUAAAUUUUGGUUCCGGUGCCAUUGUUCGACUUUGGGUUUCAAUUUUUAACCAAUAAGUGCAUGGGCCAAGUUGUGAGCAACAGCACAUUUUACUUGUAUCAGUACACUCAAAUAGCAAUAGUCUGGCUUGAUACUUAUAAAACCAAGAAGUGGCUUUGCCACAAUAUAUUCCCUUGUUUUAAAAUUUGCA